AUGGCGUGUCAAGAGCUGAGUGAGAAAUAUGCAGACUGUAAGUACCAAUCGGAAGCGCGUUUAUUGGAAUUGCAGAAGGCUUUUGAGAACGUGGCAAACAGCGAAAGUGAUGACUCAGACAAUCGUGCGAAGUUGUUUGCUCGAUUAGCUGGAGCAGAAAAAGAAGUUGAAAAAUUAAAGAGCGAAAACGAAAGUUUACGAAAUAGUUUAGCAACUAAGGAAGCGGAACUUAGCGAUCAUGUAAUAAAAAUACGAAAUCUUGAAGAGCAACUUUUAGCUGCAUUAGGCAAUUACGUUGAGGAUAUAGAUAAGCGCCCUGUCGAUGUUGAGGUCAUAGCGAAACACGAUUUAGAUCGCAUGCAUUCACAAUUAGUGUACAAGGACACGAGGAUUAUGGAGCUUAACAGUACUAUAUUAGAUAAGGAGCGGCAAAUUCUAGAUCUCCAAGAAAUGUGCCGUGAACAAAACCAGGUCGUUCAAGCGCGCUCUAAAGCGUUUCAUAUCGUUCAACAAAGAGUUAUGGAGAUAGAUUCUAAAGAAAAGAAAGAUGUGUCGACUGAAACGGAACUGAGUGUUAGACUGCAAGCUCAGAUUUUAUCAAAUCGUAGGGAAGGAUUUCGACCUGCCUUGGAUUCCAGCAUACCUGGCCGAGCAGUUAUGCUGUUAAGGACUGGUACUAUUUUUGUUGGUCUUUUAGUUCUGAUAGAAGUUUUUUUAUUUAUAGCUAGUGGUUAUUUAAAUUUUCAAGAUCGCCAUUCCCCACCACCUGUGGAUCCCAGUGAGGAUCAAAGUUCCAUCACUACUGAAAUGAUGGUGCUUGAGGAUUUUGAAAAUGGAUCUAAAGUGCCAUUGGAAUUAAGAAAGAAGCAGCGUAAAAAAGUCACUUUUGAUCUCAAACCGCAACGUUCUAUUAAUGCGGAAGGAAUUACUGGCAGUGUUUGUGAUGAUAUUGCUCAGGCGGUUGUUGAUUUAACUUCGGAAAAUGAUGAACUUCGGAAAAUAAUACGUGAAUUAGAAAACGAUUUUGCACAGUCGCGAGUUGCUCAACUAGAAGACGAAGUUGAAAGAGUUCGGCGAGAAGGGAAGAACCAGGCUUUAAAGGCUAGAGCGGCAGCACAAGGAAGAAUACGAGAUUUGGAAGAAAAAAUUGCUUCUGAACAGGAAGAACAUAAAGAUGAAGUCAUCUUUUGCUAUAUUCCAAUUCUUCUUGUUAACCGUUUAAAAUCCACUGUAGAAGCGUUAAGAGCAGCUCGUGAAUGGAGCGUGGAAGAAAAUGCAAGACUGUUAGAAAAAAUAGCAGCGAGCAAACGCCAGUGUGAUGAGGUAAAAGAAGAACUGAGUGAAAAUCUUAAUGAACAAGAAAAACUGCGCAGAGAUUUAGAAGAAGAUCGAGAGCUGAUUGUAAGGUUAGCGAAGAAUGUUGAAGAGGCGCAACGCACUGUCAAUACACUGCUGGAACAAAAAGUUUCUAUAUUAGACGAUGUUGAUAGGCUGAAAGAAGCCAUCGAAGCACAAGACGAGUACAUUUCCGCCUUGGAAGAAGAUAUAGUGAUUUACGAAGAACAUAUAGGAGUAUUAAGAGAUUCAUUAGGGGCUUCCAAAAUUGAAAAUCGUGCCUACAUCAAAUCAAAGGCAUUCGAAACAAAGUUACGAGCUUUAGAGCAAGAGAAGGAGCAGAUAACGAAACGGAAUAAUGGUCAGUCACUUUUUUAA